GUUUGUGAACCUGCAUUUGGCUUCUCAGUGUACACUACGAAGACUACGAGACUUUUUACAGUAUAAACAGGAAAGAAGAUCGACAGGAUUCUCAAUGGAGUUUCUACAGCUCUGUGUCUUUUGCUGAGCAACUCUUGAGGCUUGAGAAUCUAAAUUUUAACUGACAGUUUUCUGCGAAUAAGUUUUUAUUGUCAGGAAUAAAUGAUCACCUCAACUAGACGAGUGUCUGCAGAUAAACCUGAAGUACAAAUCGCUUUCAGUCUCGACGAAACCUCAGAGUUGAAAGAUGCAGAGGAUCCCCUUCCAUCAUUCCCUGACCUUGAGCAACGCCUGCAGCCGGUGCUGCCAUGUCGGUCUCUAAAGGAGUCCAUUGAAGUGUACAAAAACCACUGCAAGAUGGCCAAUGAGUUCAACCAGGUCAAACAUGAAAUCGCCAGGCUGGAAGACAGAAAGAGGGAGCUCAUGGCAGAGCUGCUAGAGGACGAAAAGGUGUCGAUGGAGUUUGCGCAAGUUGAGGAAGAAUACAGGAUACUUACAGAAGAGAACAGAAAUCUGAUAACUGUCCAUAGCCAACGCGCACAGCAGCUAGAGACGCUCCGAGUGAUCAGUCACAAGAGGCAGGGCUCCUCGUGACCCUCGUUGAUUCCAAUCCGAAAGAUCUUUUGCCUCUGGGUCUUUACUACUCAGCGUUCCUUCAGUGCUUGUGUAAUGUACUGAAGCAGAAAACUGAUCUUGAAACGGUGUGCUUACACUGAGACACUUAAUCAAUGUAUAUUUAAUGUAUUUUAAGCUGAUAUGGGUUUAUUUCAGAGUUGAUGCUCUUGUGACCCAAACUUGAGCUGAGAGGUCACCUCACUCAUAUCUGACAUCG